AUUCCCCCUCCUUUGCUUUAGUCUUGGAGAAAACCUCUAUGAAGUAGGCUAAAUGAAUAGCACAAACAGAAUGUAUGUCUAGUUCCUAAUAGUUCCAUCUUUGGACAAAUUAAGCACCACAUUUAUAUAUUUUAAAUAAAUACAAGUUUAUUGAACAUAUAACUCACAAAUGUAACUUAAUUAAGACUUCUGUUCAAAUAUUGCGCAAACAUGUUUAAAACGUGCGUUCUCUGUGGAGUGCAGCUUGGUGUAGCUGAUGAACUGGAGCCUCAGUUUCCUCAGUUCAGCCAUGUUGAAGCUCCUGGUGUAUUCAAUGUAAUAACAUCAGGUUAAGGACAGAUUGUGUGUUCAUUCAUGUGACAAAACGCUUGAAAGCUGUUGACCUUAUUUGACCAAAGUAAUAUAAGAAAACAUAAAAAGCACCAUAAGGAUGCAACAAAAAAGUUCUCUGAUGACUAGUUUACUUUCCAGGGCUAACAUUUUCAAAGUGAUGUCAAAUAAAAUAAUUUAUUUUAUUUGAAUCAGGUUUCAAAGCUACUUCUUGACCCCAAUUUGCAAAAAAAGUAAUCCUGUUGUGAAGGGUAGUUUGUUUUUAUUAGGAUUGUGGGGAGGGGGGGAGUGCUGCCUCAUUGCUCUCUCUCCCUGUUUCCUUGCGAGCAAAUCCAUUCACUCGGCACUUUAUAAAAGCAACUACAAAGUUGGGGAAGACAAACUUGGGAGGCUGAGAUGGAGAACUUGACUGAGCAGCGCCUUGAGUUUCUUCACUCUCAGGCUCCUUCAGAUCGGCUCCUGCAGCCUAUCUGGGAUCAUCUCCUCUCCAACCAUCUGCCUCUCAUCACCUCUCCCUUCUUCCCCGUGCUCCUCGCCUUCUCCAGCUACUUUUUCUGCAGUCUACCCUUCGCCGCUGUCGACCUCCUGGGAUCCAGAGUGCCAAUGUUCCAUCGCUAUAAGAUCCAGCCAGCCAGACGUCCCACGCCUAGUGCGAUGGGUCAGAGCUUCCUGAGGUCAGUGUACAAUCACUUGAUCUUCGUUUUGCCGGCGGUAGCCUUUUUUAUCCCCCCGACCGCGGUGCCUCAAGAGGCACCGAGCGUGUACGAGUUGCUGGUGGACGGGCUGGCUGUCCUGCUACUGUUUGACACUCAGUACUUCAUCUGGCACGUGGUGCACCACAAGCACCUGCAGCUUUACCGGUGGGUGCACGCUAUCCAUCACGAGUACAUAUCCCCCUUCUCCUGGUCCGCCGAGCAGCUCAGCAUCCCGGAGCUGAUGGCGGUGGGGUUCUGGGGAAACCUGGACCCCGUUCUCCUGGGAUGUCACCCGCUGACAACGUGGUGCGUGACCGUGUUCAGCAUCUGGAUGUCGGUGGAGGACCACAUCGGGUACGACCUGCCGUGGACGCUGAACCGGGUGGUGCCCUUUGGGCUGCUAGGCGGAGCGCCAGCACAUGACAUGCACCAUCAGAAGCCAGGGUGUAACUUCGCCCCGUUCUUCAGGCACUGGGACAGGAUCUUUGGCACGGCGGCACCGUUUUAAAUUAAUGCAAAAAAGUUGUGCAGCGGUGUGUCAGAAAAUACAUGUAUAGGAUAUAAACCUAUGUUCUGUCGUUUACUUUUUAUUUUUUAUAUUGUAAUUUUACUGCACUGCAAAAUAAAUGUUUAUUUUGUUUAA